CAGCAAUUCUUUGGUGUGCUUAUGCUACAGGACUUGUUUCUUGCUGAUACUUUCUGCAAUCUAAAUGUUUCCAAAUUAAUAGAGUGCUUGUGUUGUGUGAAUUUUUUAUAAUCUUGUUUAUUUCUGAGGAUUACAGAUUUAUUGUCUCAUCUCAUCCGUCUUGUGUCUUUUUAAGUUAUUGUACCAAAACUUGGUUAAUAGUUGCUCGCAAGAAUGUCUCUCAGUUCCUCGCUUCUUUCUUUUCUUUUAGGCUGACUUCUCAAAGCGAAUGUUGAGUUUUGUACAGCGGAAGGGUUAAAGAGACAGCACUAGAUGUGGAACUUUGCAUCGAACUGUCUUGCUGGAAGUGUCAGUUUAAAAAGCUCAUCAAGUUCAAAGCCAAAUCAAGUCACCCCAUCUUCUGAAUACUCGGACGAUGAAGCAUCUUCAGUUGUGAGCAGAGAAGAAGGCCUGGAGUGCCCAAUAUGCUGGGAAUCCUUCAACAUUGUGGAAAACGUGCCCUACGUCCUCUGGUGUGGGCAUACCCUUUGCAAAAACUGCAUACUGGCUCUCCAGUGGGCUGUUGUGAAGUUCCCAACUUUACCAGUUCAACUCCCGCUCUUCAUCUCCUGUCCAUGGUGCAAUCUCUUGUCAUUUCGCCUGGUCUAUGGUGGAAACCUCAAGUUUCCACGCAAGAACUACUUCCUACUGUGGAUGGUUGAAAGCAAGAAUGAUGAUAGAGUCAAGACUCGUGCAUCAUCUACCUUUGAGGAUCAUCCAAAUGUCUGGGCGGUGAAUUCCAGCUUGGCUGGUCCUGGAAGUCAACAUAAUAAUCACCAUCACCAUCACCACCUGCGGCAAUCUAGGUCAAACCAUGAUGCUGUUCAUGGCAACAACACUCCUCGUUUCCUCAGUGUGGGGAGGAUAAAAUCGUCGCUACAGAAGUCGUUGGUUUUCUUUGUUCACCUUACUGCAAAGUUCCCUCUGGUCAUCAUAUUCCUUCUCAUAAUCUUAUACGCCGUACCUGCCAGUGCAGCCAUUCUGGCGCUGUACGUUCUCAUCACUGUUCUGUUUGCCAUACCGUCGUUUCUCAUACUCUAUUUUGCUUAUCCCAGUUUGGAUUGGCUUGUUAGAGAAAUCAUCACUUGAUAUCAUUGUAUUUGUCAGCUACUUCAUAAUUGGACGAUUUCACGAGCCUCAGAGCUUGAACGGCCUUGUGUAUCUAUGUAGAUUAUAUAUUACCUAUUGUAAUGAAUCUCUUCUGGCUGCUCCCCAUUGGUUUAGGGUCUAUGUUGGCAGCAGAGGUACUGGAGGCAGAAGCCAUCUUCUGCACUGUACUUUCUGGUUUCUGGUCAUCUAGAGAGAUCUCUUUAUGUAAGACAAGUUUUUGGUGAUAGUGCAUUAGGUAAAUUGGUUUCUAAUAUGUGUUAUUAAUUGCUAAAUGCUAGUGCAGUCAGCUUCAGAAUCAGUGGUUUCUGUGUUAUGCUCGUCAUUACUUGCCCUUCGUCCUUUGUCACCAUCAAUGAGCAAGUGUUAACGUAGGCUGAUGCUCUCGAAUAGCCUAACGCUACGAUUUCAGGCUGUGGACUGGAUGUCCUAUAACUUCUCUAUAGAUGAUAACAACUGCAUAAAUUCAGCUGGUGGAUGUCCAUUGACUUCGUUAUAAAUGAAUGAUUGAGAUUGUG